AUGGAACAAACCCGUUGGAUAGUCCAAGGUCCUAGCGACUUCUGCGUGUGUCCCUCCACGGACACGGCUUUGACCGAUGUUGUUAAUUCUGGCACUGGUACUUUGCGCAAUGCGCAGUAUCAUAAGAAUGGCGCCACACAGGUCACCCAAUCUACACACCAGCAACAUGCUGAACAAGUUCAGCUUCAGCCUCAGCCUCAGCAUCAUUUACCGAGGUACCCUCCUGAGAUGUAUAGUUCAGCAUACGCUCCACCCCGGCCGGUUCCCAAUGCCAGAUAUGCAAUGGCACCACCCGCUUCAACCCUCGUGCUGCCUAUCCUCUUCAGCAGCCUUUCCAACCACACCCCUUCCCCACCCAUCCUCACGUGUAUGGGAUUCGUCCACGACCCAUCUGUAGGCUCGUCUGGUGGAAGUGCGGUGCAGCAAGGGAAGCGCAGGGCAGUAGAUGCUGUUGACACCCAACAGAACAAGCGACAGAGACGCCUCCCCCCCAAGGAGGACCCUGAUUUUAGAGAAGUCUAUGUUGACAGAAAGAUAAAGUACGAGUGCCAAGUCCCUGCGUGCGGCGGCGCAGUACUGGAAGCAGGCAGCAUGCAUAAGCAUAGAGAAUUGAAAACCCAUCAGCCAGACAUUGCUCUGGUGCUGUGCGACCUCUGUAACACAGCUCUUACUUGUGGGGAUGCUGUGACGCGCCAUAGAGGAAGCGCGUGGUGUCUGGCCAACCAGGCAAAACUACAGAAUGCUAUUUCGGCUAGCUCAUCGGUGACCAGCACCUUGAUGGCUCUGCCAACCAUCACUGUCCCUGAAGGCCCAUUCACCUUCCGGGUGCCAGGACCUGCCAUGAGCUCAGUGCCCCAGCAAACCCUGCACAUAUCCCCUGCUGCACAAUUCACCGCUCCUGGACCAAGCUCAGUGACCCAGUGGGCCCCGCCUUUGCCUGGGAUCUGGCGUACUGCACAAAUCGCCACUCAGCACUCCCCUAGACCUGGACCAAGCUCAGCGACCCAGCAAGCACCACCCUUGCCUGUGAUCUGCCAUGACAUUUCACUGCUGCCCGCAAAGCAAUCCACAGCGCUUCUUCCCUCACCAGUUACAGUCAUUGACUGUCAUUUGAGUUCGAAAUUUUCGGAUGUCUACCACAACACAACCCGACACAAUCUCGAAAAUCGCUUUCGGGGAUGUCACGAUAGAUAG